GCCAGGGAUCAAAAUUCUCUGAACAGAAGAACCAACGAACCAAAUCGAACUGCUUCAAAUUAGAUGGAAGAAGAACACACUGAGCCAUUCAAGGAUGGCUCUGACCUAUGUCAGCAGCUCAUGGACCGUUACGCCAACUCCGCCGCCCCGCAUCACCGCCACCUCCUCGCCACCGCCGCCGCCCUGCGUUCCAACCUUGCCGCCGAGUCCUUACCACUCACGCCACCGGCGUAUUUCGCCGCCGCCAUAUCCGCCCUAGAGGACGCUGCAUCCGAGGCUCUUGACCCCGUGGCCCUCUCUGCGCUCGUGUCCUUCAUGGUCAUCGACCUUCCCCUGGUGCCGCCCGGUGGCAUCGCGGCAGCGAAGUCGGGUGAGGCGACGGAAAUCUUCAUUGCCUUGCUGGCAAGGGAGGGGGAAGGGAUGGGCGUCUCGAGCGUGAGGGCAGCAGUGAAGUGCUUGGGGGUUUUGAUUGGGUUUUGUGACUUGGAAGAUUGGGAUUCCAUCAAAUUAGGUUUUGAAACAUUGCUCAAGUUUUCUAUUGAUAAGCGCCCAAAGGUACGAAGAAUUGCUCAAGAGUCUCUUGGGAAGGUUUUUGGGUCUCUCAAAUCCUCUACGGUUAUCAAGGAAGCUAGCAAGUUGGUUUUGUCAGAGCUGAAAUGUUGCAUUGCUGUGGCGACCAAAUUAACUGCUUUGAGGACUGUUGAUGAAUGUAAAGAUGAAACAAUUACUAAACAUGAACAACUGGAGGUCCUGCAUGCACUAAACUUAGUUAAUCUGACUGCUCCUUAUCUUUCUGCAAAAGUCAUUCCGAAAGUUCUUACGGAAGUGCAUAAAUUAUUCAGUUCUCAGUUCUCAGCACUUACAAGGCAUGUUCUAAAAACUAUUAAAGCUAUUUCUGAAGCUUCAAGAGUGCGAAAUAUAGCACUGGAGACAGAGGACUUGGUAGUUUCUCUUGCUUCAUUUGUAUCUUUAAGAGAUAAGAACCCCUUGGAUACUGUCAUUUUUGCAGCAACCUUAUUGAGACUUACAAUGGACUUACUUUAUAUUGGACAAUCAAGCUUGUGGAUCAAGAAUCUUCCUUUAGUUUGUAGAUCUGUGAUUGGUCUUCUAAAUUUUGAGGGAAACACUGCAUCAAAGGCUUCAAGUAUUUUGAGUGAUGUGCUCAAGCAUCAUGUUGGUCCUCAAAGUUUAUUAAUUGGUACAGAUCAAACAUUUCAUGACAGUAGUCAGGAAAGUGCGGAAGGCAAUGCAAUAAAAUCGACGUGUGAAGUUUUUGAGAAUGCCCUUUCUGAUACUGAUGGAAUUCCAAAUGAGAAUGUUUUGUCAGUCAUAUCUGUUUUAUUUCUUGAACUUGGAGAAUUCUCAUUUGUGUUUAUGAGGAAUAUUGUGCUUAAACUUGCUGAUUUUAUGAAUCGAAUUUCUGGAGGCAAGGCUAAUAAUGAGCAUUUUAGGAAUUGCAUUGGGUCUGCUGUUCUUGCUAUGGGACCAGAGAGAUUUCUUACACUUGUACCUAUAUCUCUUAAUGAACACAAUUAUACUUAUUCAAAUAUUUGGUUAGUACCGAUCUUGAAGCACUAUGUUACUGGAGCAUCACUUGCUUACUACAUAGAACAUAUCAUGCCUCUUGCAAAGUCCUUUAAGAAGGCUAGUCAUAAAGUCAAAAAGUCAGGGAUUAGUCAAGAUCUGCUGGAUCGAGCCCAGGAAUUGUGGGGAUUGCUUCCUAGUUUUUGUCGUCAUGCAAUUGAUACACACCAAAAUUUUUCUAGUCUCUCUGAUGUCCUUAUUACUUUUCUUAAAAAGGACCCUUCUAUGCAUGAAAAUGUUUCCACGGCAUUACAGAUUCUUGUGAACGAGAACAAAGCUGCUCUUAAUCCUAAAAUGGGCGAGUCAAAUUGCCAUGCAGAACAUGAUUCUUCAUUAGAGAUCGGCAUGCAACCUGCUUAUUCAAAGAAAGCUGCCACUAGAAAUAUAAAGUCUUUGGCAUCUUGUUCAAAUCAGUUGCUUUGUAUUUUAUCAGAUUUAUUUAUCAGUUCGCUUCCUCAAGCGCGCCUUUAUUUAAAGCGAGCAAUUGGGUGCCUGGCUUCUAUUACUGAUUCGUCUGUUACCAAAGAGAUUUUUGUGUCUCUGCUUAAGAGGUUUCAAUUUAUAGAUUGUGAAGGCGAAGCUGAAAUGUUGACAAGUCACAGCAGAGCGUUAGAUAGUGAUCCAAGUGACAUGGAGGGAUAUUCUCAAAGGUGCUUGAUGUUGGAAAUAGCAUCUUGUCUUGUUGAAGGAGCCAAGGAUAAUCUUAUUGAGAUAAUAUAUAAUUUUACUAUACACUCGUUUCAGGCAACCAAUGAGAAUGUUCAUCAUGAAGCAUACAAUACUUUGAGCAAAAUUUUGAAGGAGCACCCAUGCUUUUCUUCUUCUCGAUAUAUGGAGCUAAUUGAUUUAUUACUUGGUCUGAAAUCUCCAACUGCAAUUGCAUCUCUUCGAAGCCGCUAUGCUUGUUUUCACACUUUGAUGGUACACACAAUGAAGAUUAGUUUAGAAGAGGAGGAGAACUCAAAGGCAUUUCUUAUCCUCAAUGAAAUCAUUCUCGCAUUAAAAGAUGAAAAUGAUGAAGCUAGGAAAGAAGCUUAUGAUUUACUCUUAAAUGUAAGUUCUAGCUUGAGAGACUCAUCAUGUGUUGGUCCCAUUGAACCAUAUCACAAGCUAGUUCGAAUGGUAAUGGGAUAUCUUUCUGGUUCAUCUCCCCAUAUAAAAAGUGGAGCAGUGUCUGCGCUGUCUGUAUUGGUAUAUAAGGAUACUCAUCUCUGUCUCUCCGUUUCUGAUCUCGUCUCUUCUCUUUUAUCUUUGCUGCAAACCAAAGAUGUGGAAAUCAUAAAAGCUGUCUUGGGCUUUGUUAAAGUGAUGGUGUCUUGCUUUGAAGCAAAAGAGUUGCAGAAUAUUCUCUCAGAUGUUGUUACUGAAAUCCUCCCCUGGUCAUCUGUUUCAAGACAUCAUUUUAGAUCAAAGGUCACUGUCAUAUUUGAAAUAUUAUUACGGAAGUGUGGUUCUGCUGCUGUCAAACUGGUUACUCCCGAGAAGUAUAAGGGUUUUGUCAAGACAGUUCUAGAGAAUCGACAUGGCAAAUCAAGUGAAGCAGUCACUAAUGAUGCAGAAAAUAUGCCCGAAGAUUCAUCUACCAAGGGGCUAGAGUGGAGGAAGCCCCGAAGUUCAGAUUCCCAAGACAAGGAUUCCGUUAGACAUAAAAAGAGAAAGAGGGAGAAGAAAUUUGAGACAAACUUGCCGAGCAAAAAUGAAACCCUUAAGUCUACGAGUAUUGAUGAAUUAAGAGCCAAGAGAAGUAGGCAUUCUAAAUAUAAAAAAUCAAAUGUAGGAAGGUCAGAAGGAAGUAAAAAGGGCAACAAAAAUGGGUACAAAAGUUUUACCGAAGGUGGUGAGAAGAGAAAGGUAAAUCUGACAAGUACAGACAAGGAUAAAGCAGCUUCUCAUAUACCUAUACGAGCUUCUAAAUCACCCAAGUUAAAAAGGAAAUUCAAAAGAAAUUGAUUGAUGAGCUGCAAUUUACUCUAACUGGUAAAACUCUUCUUCUAAGAAGUGUCAUAUCUCCCUGUUGUGUGACAAGUGUUGAUGCAGAAAAAGAAGCUGGUCACUUUGCCCUUAUAUUGUUUUUAUCUCUGCAACUGCAUAUUUAAGCUGGGAGAUAACAACUAAGGUUUAUAAGCAGGUUUUAUAAUCCAUCAGCUGAUAUCUCUUUCGUGCUGAUCAAGCACUAUAGAGAGAAACUUAGGUAUUGCCAAGAUUGAUACUCAAAUCUCCUGGCUGAAAAAAUGAAGGCAUUAAUGCAUAUUAUGGGGUGAGGAAGUUUAGAGCGAGCUGAGGAAGCAUGAUUAUGUAUUGCCAUCUUUUGCAUUCGGCAGGGUUUUGUCCUAGCUGCUAAUUCUUGCAUGUCUUGACUGAUGAUAUAUGGAGAUUUUUCGUACCAAGUUACCGUAGUAUGUCUUAAGCUUUUUGGAGAAGGGGAACGUUUUAUGCAAGCCUAAAGCAAAUAUGUUUGGAAUUGUUGUGAAAGCAUUUGUUCUAUAUAAAUGGUUGUAAAAAAAUUCUUUUUCCUUUACUUUUUUUUUAUUUUUUGUUUUAUUUAACUGCAAAAUAGCCAAUCGAGCUUGAUGCAAAUUCUAUGUAAGAACAGCACUCUGAUAAG